AUGUUACUAUGCCUAAUAAAGGCUCGCAAGACGGCGUUGACCGUAAAUAAUAUCACAUCUGGGUGGCGUGGGACUGGAUUAUGGCCGAUCAAUAUCCAGAAGCCCCUGAGGAGCCCUCUCCUACUCGAGAACUCAAAUAAAUCGACGAAUACUAGCAAUCCGACGAUAGAUAACCCUGAUUCAGGGCCCUCCAAGACUACCCAACGAUCAAACGAGGCACCUAAUACGGUAGUUUCAACACCACAUUCGCACAAGGAGAUUAGGAGGCUCUGGGAUCUACUACACCAACACGGUCUCGGUACUACGGUCUCGCGCCUGGUAUUUCGCAAGGUAGAAAAGGCCCUCGGUACAGCCCAAGUUAACGAGGUCGCCUCGCAACAGGCCGCGGAGGCCUAUAAGGCCCAGGUCGAGGCGUCGAAACCGUCACGAAGAAGGCGUGUUGUUCCAGACCCAAACGACCUAUUUGUGAAGAUUCAACAAGUCCACCGCGCGCAAAUCGCGGUAGGCCGGAUCGAGGAUAAUACCGUUGAAGAGAGCGACGGUCAGGCUCCAGAACGAACCAGAGAUACCAUAGUUUGCGGGUAG